GGAUGUCCCCAUUCCGCGCUGUAUAUUUGAACUGAUACUUUUUCGAAAAUCAAAACAUUGGUGAUUAGACGGACCUUAAUCAUAAUAUGAGUGCAUUAUUGGUGUGAGCAUGAAGCCAUAUGAACAGGCACUGUUUUGACUGUUAAAUUAAUUUUUGAUUUUGCUGGUACAAAGAGAUUAUCACUAUGUCUGGCAGAAAGAGUAGAAACUUUGAUGACAUGGAUCUCAGUUUAACUGGUUCCCAGUUCUCAGGCUUGUCGGGUCAGCAAAGACGUCCUGGUUCUGCUUCAGCAAAAUCUAAAAGACCAAGCUCAGCUUCUGGAACACGGAGUGCAACAUCUAAUUUACUGAAUGGAACAAUAGGAUCUAGCCAAGGCACAAAGUCAAAGAAAACCCACCUUCGAGCUGGAAGUCACAAUGGGCCACUUAGUACACGAAGCAACAAUAGUGAUCUAAGUGCAGGGGAUAGUGCGAGGGAUACGACGCGGUCAAGUGCAAGGGAUACAACACGAUCAAGUGUUAGGGAUACGAUAGGGUUAAGUGCAAGUAGACAAACUGCUAAGGAGGCUGCAGCAUUGAGUAUCCAAAAAUCUAAGGAUGAUUUUCUUGCUUUGUUUGAGAAUACCACACAUACACCUCCUAGGAUUAACAAACCAAAAGCUGCAACCAAGGCCAGCGUAAAUACACAUUGGCAGUCAAGCUUGUCUCCAAGAGAUCGUACAAUGAAUAGUGCCAGAAGUAUCAGUACAGUAGAUACAGAUGCCACCACAGAAAGAGAAACUACACACUCACAGAGCUUCUUUACACCCCCUAGUGCCCGUAGCACCUCCACAAUUGAUAGUGAACAUUUACGGGAAGUCAAAGCCAGGAUUCGUAGAUCAACAUCGGGGGAGUCUCUCACAACUCAGAGCUCCAUCUAUAAAACUAACUCUGUAGAGCUCUCCCCUGAAGGAGGUGCAAUUAGAAAAACUAGUUCAAAAGAAUUUCGAACAUCACAAGAGUCCUUAUCACAAUUAAGAAAUUCAAGGGAUUUACGUGUAAUGACAUCUUUGGCAAAUAAUGGAAAUCAAAAUGGAAAUAAUUUGUUGCAUACUCCAAAUAGUAAUAAUGAUGUUUUAAAUAGCCAUAGACUGUUAUCACCUAGGAAAGCACAAACAUUAAAUAGUAUUGCCAAUAAUAUGACAUCACAGGCUAUGUCACCUGGCACAAAAACCUCUCUAAGUGAUAUAGAAAAUAGCUACCAAAAUAUCAAACCAAAGACUCCAGUGAACCAAAUAACAAAAUCAUCAAAAACUAAUUCAGAAACAGUCGGUAGGAAUGUUGCGGAGGACUAUAUAAAGGUUGUUAACAUGUCAGCAAGUAAAAUACAAAAUUGGUAUCGGAGGAUUUUACGACGGAGUCGAACGGCUGAAGCUGCAAUGAAAAGACUAUUGGAUCAGAAAAGGCAGGAGAAACAAGAGCAGAGUCAGCAAGAUGAACAAAAGAAAGACUUAGAGAGACAAGUAGAACAUGAUAGGAAGAAAAAUAAGGAAGAUCGAGCAAGACAAGCCCGACAACAGGCAAUACAGGAGCUACACAAAAAGCGAGAAGGGAAACGCAUAGAAAACCAGAGGAAAGCAGAAGAGGAAUUAGUUUUUCUUCAGUCAAAUGGAAAACUAACCAAAAAUCCAUCCAACAAAAAUAAUAUCAAAAGGAAAGUUUUGAAAAAGACACGUCCCAAAAGUCGGUCAAACGAACAUUUAGAGACUGAUAGUGAAGAUGAUAUUGAAAGAUCAAGAUCACCUGCAAGGCCCAAGUCACCAAAACGUCCUGGCACAGCAAGCAGUGUAGGGAGGAAGGUUGAUGAAAUAUUUCAAGACAAUAACAUAACUCAUCGGACACUUGAUGUAGAAAAUGAUUUUGGUGUUGAAGAUGCGCCUCCUCAGACCCCUAGUAAUGCUCCAAGUAAAACAACAACCUUAGAUGAUCUUAUGAGCACACUCAAACUCCUUGAAGAGGAUGAAAAAUUUCCAACACCCCGAAUUGAAAUUGAAGAAAAGAACGAAACUAGGAAAAGUUGGUUUGCCACUGGUGCUACUUCAGAUGAAGAAAGUGCAGGGUACCUAUCCGCAGAUAAACUAGAAAAACUUAAUAAACAAAAAGUCCCAAAUUCAAAAAGCGGUUUAUUAUCUGAAGGAAAAUUGAAAAGUAUUAUGACCUUCUUAGAUGAGGUUGACACGACUGAACGUUUGGAUAACAUAGAUCAGGAGAUUAACAAGGUGAAUGAGAUGCUAGAGAGACCUGCCUUGUUGGUUCCCACCGGUGAUGAGUUGGUUCAGAUGGAACGUGCAGCUGCCCAAGCCUCAGAAGUAACCUCAACUGUUCUCAACCAACGAAUGGAACUUGAUGAGAAGAAACGGUCCAUACAGAUGCUGCAGAAAGCCCUCAACCAGCAGAGGGAGCUAACUGUACGUCAUGCCAAAGAAACUGAGAAAGAAAUGAAAAAGAGGCUAAAUGUUCAAAAAGAGGAAUAUGAGGAAACAAUAAAACGCCAUCUAGGAUUUAUAGACCAGUUAAUAGAUGACAAGAAGACACUAGGAGAGAAAUGUGAGUCCCUGGUGAAAGAAUUGAAGCAGAUUGAGAAGAAAUACUCUGAAACAAUGAAAAACAAGGAAGAAAAUCAUGGUAUUGAACUUCAGAAGAUCAAAGAAGUACAUGCAGCAGCUGAGAAACUUAGGAGAGAAAAAUGGAUAGAUGAAAAAACUAAAAAGAUUAAGGAGAUGACGGUGAAGGGUUUGGAGCCUGAGAUUCAGAGACUCAUUAGCAAACACAAGACAGAAAUCAAGAAGUUGAAGUCCAUCCAUGAGGCUGAGCUGUUAGAAGCUGAUGAGAGGGCAGGUGGAAGGUACAUCAAAAUGACGGAAGAUCUGAGGGAUCAACUCGCAGAAGAAAAAGAAGCAGCCUGCUCGAGAGAACGGGAAUUAGCUCGUAAAACCUAUGAGAAACAAAUGCAACAAGAAGAGGAAGCUUUCCAGCAACAGAGGCGCCGCCUAUACCAAGAGGUACAGGAAGAGAAAGAACGCCUAGCCCAGCAGGCCUCACGUCAGCGUGCCGAGAUUGACAAACUCCAGCGCCAGCUAGAGAACAGUCAUAGUAGUGCAGUGGAUGCAAUGAAAAGUGAAUAUGAAAAAGCUAGAGAAGAACAGGAGCGUAGACAUGAGAGUGAGACUAGAGAGUUGAAAGAGAGGCUGGCUAUCGAGAAAGAUGCAUGGGAGGAAAAUUACAAGAAGAAACAAGAAACCUGGCUCUUGCAGAAGGAGCGAGAAUUAAAAGAACAAGUUCGAAAAGAUCGUGAUAAAGAAAUUGAAAUGGUGAUCAUGAGGUUAGAAGAAGACAAUGUGUCUGCUAGAGAGGAGAGUGAGAGAGCUGCUGAAAACAGAAUUAAACGUAUACGAGACAAGUACGAGAAUGAGAUGGUUGAACUUGAGAGGUCUGAGAGGACAGCCCUGGAGAAAUAUAAUGCAAUGAAGGCACAAUUGACAGAGGUUGAGGGAGAAAACAAACGACUCGUGGUGCUUGAUAGACAAAAAGACCAGGAAAUUAGAGACAUAAGAGAGAUGUCUGAGAAGCUCCAUGGAGAGAGGGACCGAGUGGCAGACAUAAUACGCCAAGAAUUUGCUGAUAGAAUUGUCGCAACAGAAGAGGAAAAUAAACGUCUAAAGAAUGAAAUGUCUGAAAUGAAAGCUAGGCAUAGACUAGAGAAGGAGAGGGCCAAAUCUGAGGUGGAAAUAGUGCAGAAAGCCAAAGAAGAGGAGAUGGAGGAGGUGCAUAAGAGGGUUAAGCAAGCUAUAGUUAAGAAGGAAGAUGUGGUGCAACAACUCAGGCAGCAAUACCAGGCUGCUGUCAAGCGUGCAGAUCAUCUAGAAGGACUUUUAGAACAACAGAGGAAACAAUUAUUAGGAAAACGAUAGUUCAAUACCACAUGUACAUUUUAAUCUUAAUUUAUUGACAUUAAUUAUUAUUGUGAUGUUGGAACUAGUUUUCUUUGAUGCUAAGUCAUAUAAGAUGUUGUAGUAUACAAUGCCAUAAUUUACAGAUCAUUAUGUUCAGGGUAGUUUUAUAUUAUUGGUUAUAAUCUGCAUUACUUGUAUAUGGUCAGUUUAGUUAACCAUAAAGAAGUAUUCCCGACUCGCAUUAUGGAUGUUUUUUAUGAUAUUUGUAAUAACCCAAAAUGCCACUACAAUCAAGUUAUUAGUUUUGUAAAAUUGUGAAAGCCAAUGAUGUUUGCUAUGUUAAGUAUCUUUAAUGUAAAGUGUUAGCUUAUUUCAUUUCAAUAUGACAACUCAGAUUGUAUUUGUAUUGUUGCUCACUGGUAUGUCACAGCCUCUUGGUUUUCUAACAAAGCAGAGAAUGUUAAAUCAGGUGGCAUCCUCGAGACUAUUUACAAAAAGAACAGUCCACUUAAUGAAGUUAAUUGAAUUAUCUAUGGAACAUGUACCAUAUUUAGGUAAAUAAUGCUUAAAUCUGUACUGGCGCCAUGUGUGAUAUAUCUGAGCUAUAUGUAUUUUGAAGACG